UCCCAGGGUAUCCAGCAGCUCCUGCAAGCAGAGAAGAGGGCAGCGGAGAAGGGAAGGCCCGACGACUGAAGCAGGCGAAGGAGGAGGCCCAGAUGGAGGUGGAGCAAUACCGCAGGGAGCGUGAGCAGGAGUUCCAGAGCAAGCAGCAGGCGGUGAGCUGACGGGCAGCAGGGGUGGACCCGCCCAGGUGCAAAUUAGUGGGCGCCUCCUGUGAGACGUGUGCAGGUGCCUCAACAAGAAACUGGGGUGUGAGGGGACUGAAGGGAUCCUGGCAACAUCCAUUGGGGGCGGGGUUCACAGUCUGUGUGGAGUGUGGCAACAUCGAUGGGGGAGCAGCCUUCACAGUCUGUGUGGAGUGCGGCAACAUCGAUGGGGGGGGGGCAGAGUUUUAUGGCCAUCGUGGUGAGGUUUUAGACUCUGGGUGAGAAAUCGGGAUUGUGCUGACCUGUCUGGUACCCAGAUGUUUUUGUGGGGUGCAUGUAGUUUUGAAAAGGUUUUCCAAGCUUUAUUCGGGAUCCUCCCUUCUGCACGCUGGGACCUUUCUUUCUCUGUUUCUGCUUUUUUCUUUCUUUCCCUCCUCCCCCUCCCCCAGGCCAUGGGCUCUCAGGGUAACCUGUCUGCUGAAGUGGAACAGGCCACCAGACGCCAGGUCCAGGGCAUGCAGAGCUCCCAGCAGAGAAAUCGGGAGCGUGUCCUGGCUCAGCUUCUUGGCAUGGUCUGUGACGUCAGGCCCCAGGUCCACCCCAACUACCGGAUCACUGUCUAGGACAUCAUAGGGACAAUGUCCCUAGAGGCUGACUCCUGCCAGCUCCUUCCAUAGAGAAAUAUCCCAACUGGAAUCGCUUGCUUGUGUAGCAUGCACAGAGUCCUGGCUUUGAUCCCUAGUACCCCCGCCCCAUCACUUCACAUCAUAACCUGUUCCCAGGAGAGAUUAUCCUAGGGGACAGGAGCCAACAUUCUCCCGCAAGGCUUACAUCCUACUCAAACCCGAACCUCUGUGUUCCAUGAGACCACUGGAACUAUACUAAGGAAUGCCCAACUCGUCCUCACCCGAGCCUUCUGUAAGACAUGUGACAUGGUGUCGGGGGUGUGGAUUGCACCCUGACUUCAGAGCUCACCCGAGUCUUCUGUGAGACAUGUGACAUGGUGACGGGGGUGUGGAUUGCACCCUGACUUCAGAGCUGGCGGGUUUGGGCUCCUCUCCCUCCUCUGUUCCUUGCUGGCUGCUAGACUGGGACAAGCUAUUUAACCUGGAAGCCCCAGUGCCCUCCUGUUUGUAACUGGUAUGAUAGCAGUGUUCGCCCUGAAAGGUGGUGCUGUGACCCGUGCUGUAAGAAGUCAGCACAGCUCCAGAUGGGCACUAGUUGUGAUUCGAUGUAUGACAAGCCUGUGUUAUGAUCACCAUCCCGACCCCCGCUUGCCUGCCCGAGUCCGAAUACUCUGUUCUCGGCACUCCGUGAUGCUCGGUCAUUGUGACUCUAGCAAUCUCUAAAGAUUGUCUGUGCUGCUCUUCCCAGGCACCUCAUGGCCCCUGAAAAGUCAGUAUGAUAAUGCCAUUUAGCCCCUCGCAGAGUCCCAAGUGUAUGUUGAACCCCUUAGCGCCUCUCUCUGGUUCUCGUGAGUGGGUCUCUCCCUUUGGCUCUCCUUCCCUGUUUUCCUGAAGCCUACUGCACCUCAGAGCUGAAGGAUGCAGUGACACCCACAUUCACGGGUUCCUUUCUGUGCCCUCAACACCUCGCUUCCCCGUGCAACAGCAGUGUCAAUAAAGUAUCCACCACGCGUCACUUGGUGAUGAGAGUGGCCUCUUCUUGCCUCACCCUUUCUCAUUUUGGUUCACUCGCCUCAGAUCUCUGCAAGAGGCUGAGCUGGGACGCUUUUGGAAAAGCAAAAACACAUAGUAAUGUAUUCAUUUCCCUCAAACAGGAACACGUGUGGCUCUUUGGGAACCAAGGCCUGCAUAGGAUAACAGUAAGAGACAAGCUGGUGUGUCGGGACAGGCACUCUGCACCUUCCCUUGUUCUACCUUCUUAUUAGUGCCUGGUGUGUGUGUGCGUGUGCACGUGUGGUGUGUGUCUGUGCAUGUGUGUCAAAGAGAGAGGGGGAGGGAAGGAGGGAGAGAGAGGAGAGAAAGAGAGAUGGAGAGAGAGAGAGUCUCACGGUGUAUCUUACUAUGUACCCCUAACUGUCCUGGAAUUUGCUAAGGAGACCACCUGGCCUUGAACUCACAGAGAUCCACAAGCCUCUGCCUCUUGAGUACUGGGAUUAAAGACGCGCCACCACGCCUGGCUUGACAUUGUGUGUUUAGGUCUUUGCUCUCAUUAUGUAAAGUAUCAGAUGAUAGGCUGUUGUGUCCCCAGAGCCCAGGAUAGCACUCGGCACAUGAUUGGCAGCUGGCGAAUACCGUAGAGUGAAAUGAUGCUGGGGUGGGGACCGCUCUGUGACUCCCGUUCUUGCAGCAGCUCUCCUCACUACGGGAGGGGCUCCUCUCCUUUCGCCCAGUGAGAAUCAGUGAGGUAACCUAUAGUCUUUUCUUGCAUGACUUUUCUGUAGGUAGACAUAAAAGAAAGUCCAUUUAUGCCAGAUAGCUCACUAAUGAAAGACCUAAGAAACGGCUCCUCCAAGUCUAGACUGGCAGACCGAGGGGCCCAUUGGCGGUAGUGUGGGUGGUAGGUCAUUCACAGGAGCAGGGAGACCGAGGGGCCCAUUGGCGGUAGCGUGGGUGGUAGGUCACUCUCAGGAGCAGGGAGACCGGAGCAGCUUCUCAUCAAAAAGUCGUCUUCCUCCAUCAUCAGAGCUCUCUGAUCCACGCGGAUCCACCGGAGACGCCCGUCACCGGGACACAGUCUGGGAGAAGGGCUCUGUGUCUUGCAACUUCUUUCUGAGAGUCUUCUCUAAUCUCAUGAGGGGGGAUGUGUCAAUCCAGAAGAAAUAGCUAUGCGAAAUCAACCAGAGUUUUGAAGUAGGAGACAGACGUGAUGGGAAAUUGGGAUGCUUCCAUCUUGGUGUGACCGUGCUACCUGGACUGCUUCGGCCGUCUUGCUUUAUUCUCUGUUUGCUUAUGUUUAUAGGAGUAGUUGAGCAGGGCACGGUGCCUUUAAUCCCAGCACUUGAAGGCUGAGGUGGGAGAAUUGAGGGUCUGAGGCUAGUCUGGGCCAUAUAACAGACUCAAACUCACUGACAAAGAAAAGGAAUCACGUAAGACGAGGCCUCUCCUUGCUCUGGGCCACUGGCCCAGGUUAAAGCAUUGCUAAAAUCACUAUGAACGUUAACAAGUUAUUUAAGUGUUUAUCAUAAGGGCUCCUCUGACGUUCACCAACAGGUGGGGCAAUUUGACUCUCUACGGACAGCUGUCGGACAAUUCCUUUCU